UCCACGACUGGUCCAUUUUCAUUACAUUUGGUCACAUGCACAGAGCUGAAUCAGAUACAACUGGCGGGGCAUCGGGGUUUUCAACACUGGAUUCUGUGAUGUUCUUUCAUACUACAACGUGAGGUCACGGUCACAUAUUAUCCUGGAAUCCCCGUGUCUGACAGCGCAGCUAUGAGUGGCGCCGGAGGAAGCUACCUAGUCUCCAGGGGGCCCCUGCUAGCCCAACUCAGUGCCCUGGCGACGCAACCAAAGGAAGGGACAUCCGCUAUCCUCACCAAAGAUGCCCAGUCUGGCCAGAAGUCGAAAGAAUUCUUUUACAUCAGAGGUGAAGACAAUAUAUGCGCUGGGAUGCCCAGAUCGGACAACAUAGCUAUGAGCAGGUCCACGCUGGUCAAAGUCAGUUCUCUGGCGAUGCAUUCAGAGGAAGAGGGUACACUCUGUCAGUAUGGCUCACUGAAGUCGGAAGAUGACUUCAUUAUGAUAGAUAAAGGGGACAAAGAUGAGAAUGAGCAACCGUUAACAGUUGAAAGGGCUUCGAUAAACACAUCUAUACGCAUAGAUUCAGUACAGCCGCUAACAUCAUCUGUAGAAGCUCAAGACAAGAGAAACGACACAGGACAAUGCUCAAAGGACAAAGAGUCCCAAAGAGUAAAGAGACACGGUAUCGCCAGCUGGAUGGAACUCACCUUCAGCAGUGAUGAACUGGAACAGAUGGCUCAAGUGGCUGAUAAGCAGGUUGUUGUGCCACAGUUGUCCAUCGACCAGGAGGUGCUUGUCGUCAUUGAUAAGACCAACCGUCACGAAACUAUGAAGCUUGUUGGCAUGGCAGACACUAUCAAUGUGCUGAAGGAAACGCUUAAUAAUUUACGAGAAAUGUGGGACACCAGUCACAAGAAGAACCAAGAUAAACAGAGAUCACCAAGGAUAUCUACAUCAAUCCUUAGAGGUAAUCGGCCACGAGAAACAUCUGCUCAAAAACAGGCUUCCAUCUACCAAAGUAUGACCAGCGUUCCAAAGGAAGAAAACCCAGCUCCAAUUAGCACUCUGUUGGACAACGCGACAUCAAUCCAAAGAGAUAAAAAAACACAGGGAACAUUAACACAAGAACAGCCAUCACUGCACUCAAACGUUGAUGAUGUUCUAAAGAAAGAAGAGUCAGCUAUUCGUGUUGCCAUUGAAGUUUUGAAGUAUAAGCCGAAUGUAAAAACAGUUGACAGUCGACCUAGCGCACAAUCUGCAGUUCCAUUUACACAAGAAAAUCAAGGACUUAAAGUGACCGUUGGCUUCAAUAGGAUAGAAAAACAAAACGCUGAUGUCAUAGUAAAUACAACCAACAGACAGCUGAGCCUGAGUUGCGGGUUUGGUGUGUCCUACAGCCUGCUGAAGGCGGCUGGUUCCGACAUUCAGACAUGUCUAAGACACACCUAUCCUAACGGGAUAGAUCACGGUGAUUUGGCGGUGGGUCGUUCUGGAAAUCUUGACACUUGUAAAAAGAUCUACCACGGAUGUCUUCCAUUCUAUAAAGGGUUCAGCGACACAGCACCCCCUUCAAAGUGUUACGAGUUGCUGGUGUCUCUGGUGUUCCGAUGUCUCAUCCAGGCCUGCAAGGAUGGAUUUCAGACAAUUGCUCUGCCAGCAUUCGGCACAGGAGCCCUACAGUAUCCUACCAAGAAUGUUGUACAGCUCAUGUAUCAUGCCAUUGAUGUGUUCACCCAAGACGAAAGAGCGGGAUCUCUGAAAGAGAUUUUCAUAGUUAUCUCCCGUGAAUCAAGACUGGGAGUGAAACAGCUGUUUCUUGCUCAUCGUCUCUCCCAUAAGCUCAAGACAAGGCACUUGGCUAACCCCAGAGGACGAACAUCUUACUUAUCACAAAUGUUUCGAUUGUGGUUUGGCACGGGACAGGAUUUCGGUUUAUCUGACUAUUUAUCACAAGAGAUACAGAACUCGCCCAAAUGUGAGGUUAGGAUCAUGGUCGCCGACACGCUUGUCCAGGCCAUCAACGUAGGUGUUGUGGAGGCGUGUGAUAUCACAGGCGCAGUGCUCUUGAUCUGGAGAAUGGAAGAUAUUACGAAUCCAAACGACCAUGCAGGCCUUACAUGUAUAAACCGUGACAGACACGACUGGGACUGCUGUAGAGAACACGUAGCGGAUUUAAAGAGGACUAGUUGUGUGGCUGACACGACCACCGUGCCGGGGACGACCCUCAUCCACACCUACAGUCGCAGCGUCAGCGAGGCCAGUGUGAGUGAGGCAUUGCAGAGAGGGUUGCGUCUUGCUGCCAAGGAAGGGUGUUACCAUGUCACCGUACCGCUGCCUUCUGAAGGCAGCCUCGCGGCAAGACCGGAUCAGUCAGCUUCCGCCAUUGCUUCUGCCAUAAACCGGCGUCCCUGUGGGGUGUAUGUCGUAACAGUCAUCAUCCCCGAUAACGACAUCUAUGUCGGAAUAGUAACCAGAAUCGCCAGCCGUGGAAUAGUUCAGGAGCCCCCGGAUGUCGACAAGGUUUCCCUAGUUGAUUCCUUGUGGAAAGUUACGUUCUCCCGUCAGCAGAACCUUGCAGCGAUGCUUAACACAGCGGUGGAUGCCGUCAUGGUUGUCACGUCAGAUUCGGAGGAGACAAACAGGAACGCCGCCAGGGAUGUGGAGAGGGAGCUGCACGUGCAUCUGAAUGAUGUCGUGUACUCUCGCAGACAGUAGGGUAACCUGACUGUCUUCAGUUUACUCUCUCAGAAAAUAGGGCAACCUGACGCUCUUCAGUUUACUCUCGCAGACAGUAGGGCAACCUGAUGCUCUUCAGUUUACUAUUGCAGACAGUAGGGCAACCUGACGCUCUUCAGUUUACUCUCGCAGACAGUAGGGCAACCUGACGGACUUCAGUUUUACUGACCUUUCCAGACAAUAGGGCACCAUGCCUGUCCUCGGAUGACGCCUGAGAUUACUUUCGCAGACAGUUGGGCAACCUGACUGUUUUCAGUUUACCCUAAGAACAACAUACCCGUUUUCGGAUGACAUUGCACCAAUGCAUUCAUGGCAUCAUUUAAUAAUAGCGAGGAAAUCAUGGAUGAGAAUUGAUGCUACACUUUGACUGUUUGCAGGUCGUACAGAGCAUCACUUUGUAGUAUUUGACGAUGCAUUCACGUGAUUUAAGUUAAGGCUGAUGCAUUGUGUUUCACACUCAUAUCUAUCUAUAUAAAUAUUGGUAAGUUAACAUUGUACAGCUACUGCUUGAUUGUGCCAAAAUUCCACACCCUGUCUUUCACACAUGGUCAUAUACAUGUACAUACCGUACAUUAUGCCUACCUUCAUAGAACAUAUGUGAGGAACGGAAAUAAACUAUUAUAUGCAUUAUAUAUAUCAUUAUUAUCAAGUAAUGUCUUUCCCAGUAAGCUUCUAUAGGCGUUGAGGGGACACAGGUGGCCCAGUUGUCUAAGGCGCCGCGAUUCGCUGUGCAGAGUUGCGUCCCUUGAUUGUGGGUUCGAAUCCCGGUUCGCCCCAAAUAUGUUUCUAAGUUUGCAAGCACCAUAUCCGUGCUCGUGGGUUUCACCGAAGUGGUAAACGUCCGAGACCUGCAUCACUUCGGGCUUUCCUCCCAAAUUAAGCUGACACAUCGUGAUAUAACUGCAAUAAUGUUAAAAGCGAUAUUAAUUAAACCCAACUCACUCACUCACUCAAUAGACGUUGAACGCAGUUAUUUUCUUAAGGUUAGAUAAGGGGUACAAGUUUUUAGAUCAAUGGUCAUAAAGUCUGUGGAAUCUUACAGACCUUUUCCAAAUUGGAAAAUGUUUAGUUUAGUCUGUUCGGUGUUGUCACCGUUUGACACGACCCCUCGUUCCUCGUCGGACUCUUUACACCAUAUGGAAGAUUUACAAACAUUUACAAACAUUUACAAACAUUUAAUGUACCAUGCUAUACGUUUUAACAUUUUAAGUGUAUUUCAAAGAAUUUUAUGUGGAUAUACAGAUUGCAGUCCAUCAUAUUAUGGAAUAAUAUGCAUUUCAUUAAUCGUACAAAUGUUAAUUUUGCAAGAACAUCUGAGAGAUAUGCAGUUACUUCAUGGUAUGCCUUUACCUUUGUUUUGAAGUGUUUUAGAUCACUUGACAUCCCGUCAACGCAUAUCUGUACGGUUAUAUUUUAAUUCUAUUUGUAUCGAUUUACCCAUGCAGAGAUAGGGCAAGACGAAACAACUGGUCGACCAUUGACCAUGUCCACUCAGACGUGUACAUGCUUGAAUGCUUUGAUUCCUGUUGUAUCAAGUCAGAAUGAUCUAUCAGUCUAUAGUACUGCAGCUUUGUAGAAGUUAGUAGAUAAAUAAAUGUUAUUGUGAAUCUU